AUGAAAUUUAUGUCCAUUGCUUUACCUGACACAUCACCUUCAUUUCUUACAAAAUUAUUUGAUCUUUGUAUAAAUUUACGUAUAUAUGUAAUUGAUCCAAAAUCAAUACCAAUAUCAACAAUAGUUGAUACAAAUAGUUUAUUUGAAUUUAAUCAAAUUAUUAGUCGAAUUCUUAUUAUGAUUCAUACUGAAUUAACAUUAAAUGGACAUUCUAAUAGACGAAUGCAACAAAUCGAUAAUGGUCCACUUGAUUUUAUUAUUAAUAUGACAGCACCAUUUAUUACAAAACGUUGGGUUCUAAAAUUUGAUCAAUUACAUGUUAUGACAAACCCUUUGGGUAUAUUAUAUUAUCCUCAAGAAUAUAUUCCAGUUUAUCUUAAAACUUCUAAAACAAUAUCUGAAGAUUAUCUUCUUGGUCAAUUAUUAUCAAUUGAAUCAAAUAAUAAUUUAACAUUAAAUUAUUCAUCAUAUAUAUCAUUUUCUCUUGAGCAAACAUAUUUAAAUACAUCGAAUAUAUUACAAGAAUAUUUUUCAAAAAUCUUAUUAAUUCAUAUUAAAAAAAAUCAUUAUUCACAUAAAUUUUCAUUUCAUAUGAAUACAACAAAAUUAGCUCGUAAUAUUUCAUUAAUUUUUUUUAAUUUACCAAAUUCUCAACAAUAUUUAUUUACAAUUUAUAUAGCUUAUAAUAAUUCAUGUUUAAAAUCAAAAAUAAUUAAUGACAAAUAUCUUAAUUAUAUAAUUAAUAUUGAUUUAUGGCAAAAUAAUUAUUUUGUUUAUUCAAUACCAAUUAAAUCAAUGUCAAUUGUAUGUGCACAAGUUGAAAUUACGUCGAAAGAUGUAUCUAUUCGAAAUUUAAAACGAACAGGACAUUUUCUUGUUGUUGAAACAGGUUGUUAUUCAUUUAAUGGAAGUAUUGAUGAAAAUUAUUAUACAAAGUUACAAGAUAAUAUAUGUCAAUUGAUUAAUGACAAUAAAACUCAAUUAAGUAGUCAUUUAUUAUUAUCAAAUGCUCAUUUAACAUGUUAUUGUCAAAAACCUAUAACAAAAUAUCUAGUUUUAUGUCAACCAAAACCAAUUCUUGUUGAAUUUGAAUUAAAUGCUCAAACUUGGCUUCAUUUUUACAUUUAUCUUUCUUUACUACUUUUUAUUUCUCUUCUUCUUGGUGUCUAUGCUAUUUAUAAAGAUACAUUAGAUGAUUAUAAACCUUUUAUAUAUUUUGUUGCUGAUAAUCAAGUAGCUGCUGUUAAUGUUCAUCUUUAUCAAUUAACAAUAUUUACUGGUCUUCAACAAUCAACAUCAAAAGAUUUUAAAAUUUAUAUUCGUUUAAUUGGUGAAAAAUGUCAUGAUGAAUCACAUUGUUUAAAUUUAAAUAUAUCAAAUGUGUUUCAACGUGGUAGUGUUAAUCAAUUUUUAAUUACUUCUUUUAUCGAUAUAGGUCGCAUUGUUGCAUUAAAUAUGUGGCAUGAUGAAAUAAAUAUUAAAUCUGAUUAUUAUAUACGUCAUUGUAUAUUAUAUGAUUAUAAUUCUCAUCGAACAUAUUAUUUUUGUUGUUAUACAUGGUUAUCAUUACGUAAAGGUUUCAAUAUGAUUAAUGAAAUAUUUUAUGUUGCACAAGAAGUUGAUCAAUAUGCAUUUGGUCAUUUAUUUCUUUCAACAUAUUCAUGGCUUUAUUAUCAUUAUCAUUUAUUAAAUUCAAUAUUUAAUAAACAAAAAAUAAAUACAUUAUCAAGAAUAUAUCGUUUACAUAUUUAUUUUUGUUUAAUUAUAAUUCAACUUUAUUUUAUUCAAAUUCUUAUUAUAUCAUGUCGAAAUAUAAUAAUGAAUCAACGAUGUGCAUAUAUAUUUCCAUCAUUUUUAUUUCUAGUUGAUCAAUCAUUUGUUGCAACUGAUUGGAUGGAAAUUUAUCAUGUAAUUUCAUUUAUACUUAGUAAAACUUAUAUUUUAUUUACUAAAAUAAUUCGUCUCAAUUUAUUUCCAUCACUUUUCAUUGCUCUAUUUCUCAGUUCACUUAUUGGUAUUCUUACACCGAUAUUUAUAUGGGGUUUAACCUGUUUAACAAAUCGUAUUGAUCUCUAUCGACAAUCAUCAAAAGCUACAAAACAUUAUGAAGAUUUUAAUAAUAUCCAUUCAAUGAUAUAUACAAUGGCAUCAAGUAUAGCAGAUUUAAAUUCAUAUCGUCAAGAUAUUGAACAAUUUAAAUAUAUUCAUAAAUUUGAUUUACAACAUCGUUUUAGUAUUAGUACAUUAGGAGAAAAUGAAGAAACUAGUUCACAAUCAGAUAGUCAAAUUGAAUUAAAUAAUAAUUCUUAUAAUACUCAACAAUAUCAAUCAAAUUCUAAUAUUAAUUCAUAUUUUCCAAUAAGAAACAAUCGACAACUCGAAAUGAAUAAAAUACAAACAUCAAUUGAUUCAAAAAAUCGUUCAACUUCAAUACCCUAUCCAAAUAAAAAAUUUUCACAACCAAAUCAACCAUUUGAUGAUGAUGAAUUUUCAUUAUCAACUGAAAGUUCUCAAUCAAAUAUACAACAACAAAAUAUUAACAUACCAACAAUUAAAAUAAAAAUUCAUUGGCCAAAAAAAUCUGAUCAACCAACAUUUAAUAUGUACAUAUUCUAUUUAAUUAUGUUCUAUAGUAUAUCAAUUAUUCUUGGUAUACUAUCAAUUAUAUGUAUGUAUUUAACAAUGAAAACAUUCACAGAAAUAGAAAAUUAUUUUUUAACAUCAGCAAUUAUAUUUAUACAUAUAUUAACAAUAUUAUUUACAUUAAUAUUUGAAAUAAUUAUUAUUUUAAUUAUAUCAUUACUUAAUGCAACAUUUUUUCAUAUAACAGACGAAGAUAAAUUUAUUUCAUCUGUUGUUCAAAUUCCAAUUAUAUCUAUGAUUGAUAUUAAACAACAUCAAUUAAAUCAUACAUUUACACUUAAUCGAGAUAUUACAUUAACUGAUGUACAAUUACGUGAACGUAUUCGUGAACGUUUUCUUGAAUCGUCAAUUAUUCGUGCUGUUAGAGAUGUUAUUGGUUAUAUUGUAUUUAUGGUUAUUAUUAUUAUGGUCUUUGCUAAUACAUCACAAAAUAUUGAAACACGUUUAACAAUGAGACAAUAUACAUUACAAUUACUUCUUCGUGAAGAUAUUUUUCAAAAUAUUGAUUAUAUACCUGAUACUAUGGAUUGGAUUAGUUAUUUUAUUGAAAACCGUCUUUUUCUCGAACAUAAAGAUUAUUCUUGUCAAAAAGAUACUUGUAAUUAUGUUCAAAUUCCUGAUUCACCAUUAUAUUUAAGUAAAAGUAUUCGUAUACGUCAAAUUCGUGUCGAACGUAAAGAUUGUCAUGAAAAAAUAAAUAAUUUAUUCUAUCCAUCGAUACCACCAAGUUGUUUUGUUGGUGGAAAAAAUUUAAUGAAUGAUAAAAAAUUUGUUAUUGGUGGUCAGCGAAAAUGUUCUGGUUGGGAAGAAUUAUCAAUAUUAAAUAAUUUAUGUAAAGAUGUUUGUAAUUAUACAUCUAUAUGGUCAGCGUUAGCCUAUAAAAAAAUAACAAAAUUUUAUACAACAUAUGAAUCACCAUGGUAUUUUAUGUUACAUUUAUUACCACAAGAAACAGUAUGUUUAAAUUUAAAAAAAAAAUUUAUCUUAUUUUUUUCAUACAAGGUUGAACGUUGUAAUCGUAAAAGAAAGUAUUAUGAUUUAAAUAAAUAUAAUUGGUUAGAUGAAAAAACUUUAGUUGUAAUGAUUGAAGGAAAUUUAUAUUCUCCCCAAACAUCAUCAAUGAUUUCAUUUGUUUUAAUUAUUGAGAAAAAUCAAUAUGGAAUGAUUGAAAAAGAUACUUUUAUUCAAGUAUCUGAUUACACAUUAGCAACAAUCGAUGAUAAUACAUUUCAACAAAAUGAUACCGAACAAAUAUCAACAAAUGAAAAUGAUGCUGAAAAACAAUUUGUCGCGACAAAUUAUUUAUUUGCUGUUCUAUUAUUUGUAAUUUUCACAACAAAAUUAUUCGAUCUAGCAAAAUAUACUCGAAAUUUUGGUUUUUAUGGUUUUGUUUUUUUUCUUCGUACAUUAUCAAAUAUAAUUGAUGGUAUAUUAUUAAUACUUUGUUGUUAUUAUUUUUUAUUAGUUCAUUUUGAUCAAAAUGUACUUCAAUUAAAUAAUCUAAUACAAUCAUUAAAUAUUCAUCAUUUAUUUGUAUCAUUUCGUGUAUUAAUUAUAAAUAAUACAAUAAUAAAUCAUUUAAUUGGUUUAAUAUGUUUAUUUGCAAUAUUUAAAUUACUUUAUUUACUUAAAUUUAAUCCUAAAACAUAUUUACUUGCUGAAACAAUGUAUAAAUCAGCUGAAGGUUUUAUAUUAAUAUUAUGUUUUGCAUUUUUAAAUUAUUUUAUAUUUACAUUAAUUGGUCGUUUAUUUUUUUCAAAUGAAGAAAAUUUUAAAACAUUUUUUGUUGCUUUUCGUGUUGUUUUAAUAUCAUCAAUAAAAGAUGCAGCAUCAACAGAUAAUGUUAUAUCAGGUACAAUAUCAAGAACAUUAUGGCAAUUUUUUCUUUGGGUUUUUUCGGCAAAAAUUAUUGAAUAUUUUUUAAUAUCAUUUGUUGUACAAAAAUUUUCAAAUAUAAGAAAAACACAUCAAUUAACAGAUGAAGAAAGAAUUGUUGGAAGAAUAUUUCAAACAUUUUGGACUUAUUUUGCUUUUAAUAAAAAAAUAAAAUAA